AUGGCUCCAUCUUCUUACCAUACUCGCUCUAACAGCAUCCCAAACAGACCACAUCCUGUCCUCGUCGAACUCGACGAGCAAUUGAGAAGAUUAAGAUCCUCUGAAGCCACCUCUACUUCAUCAUCAUCAACAAUCAGCCACCAACUAAUUGGGCUUCAAGAUCUUCAUAAUUGUGUCGACAAGUGGCUUCUGUUACCACUCACUCAGCAAUCAUCAGCCCAAGGACAGCAGAAGAAAUGGGCCAAUGAGCUGUUGGAUGGAUCUCUCAGGCUCUUGGACAUGUGCGACACUGCUAAGGAUGCCUUGCUGCAAAUUAAAGAAUGCUUUCAAGGACUUCAGUCAUCUUUGAGGAGAAGAUGUGGAAGUGAUACAAGGCUGCUUGCAGGUUGUGUUAGGAGGUACUUGACCACCAUGAAAGCAGUGGCAAAGUCAAUCAACAAGGCCCUAGGGAAAUUGAAGAGUGUGAAAGCAUCUUUUCCUAAGCUCCAUGACAGCAAUGAAAUGGUUAGUGUGCUAAAGGAUGUGGAAGCAAUCACUAUCAUGGUAUUGGAAUCCCUGCUGUCCUUUAUUUCCUCCUCUCAAAAGGGGCCAACAAAGCUAAGUGGCUGGUCAUUGGUGUCCAAGCUAGCAAAGCCUAAAAGGAUGGCACCUGAGGAAAAUGACAAUACAAAUGAGUUUCAAAAGAUAGAUGUUGCACUUCAGUCCAUCGUAAGUGUCAAGAAAGAAAAAUCUGAUAGUAACAAGAAUGUUGAGGAUGUGCAAAACCAGCUCAAAGAUCUCGAGUUGUGCAUUCAAGAUCUCGAAGGAGACCUUGAGAGCCUCUAUAGGCGUUUGAUCAAAACCAGAGUCUCCUUUCUCAACAUCCUCACACACUAGUUGAAAAAAUCACAAUGUAGUCACACAUGUAAAUGCACGAAAUUAUGAUGUGUAUAUGUAUUCAGAAACUUAACAUAUAGAGACAAUUUGCA